AUGUCCGCGCGAGACGAACGGGAAGACGAACGGACAGAAGGAAGAGCUGCCAGCAGCUCGCAGAUACGAAGACACAUGCCGCCAGCGAUGGACUCCCCCACGUCGGAUCGGCAACUACGCGCUGGUAACUCGGAAUUGAACUACAUGCUCGCCACGCUCGGCUUUGAGCGUGACAACGACACGGAUGAUGACUUCGUCGUCGAGGAAUCGCUCUCAUCUGAAGUAUUUGAUGCGGACGACAAGCCAAACACAACGCGGGGCGAGAAGAAGGACGACAAGAGCAAGGGGAGAGGAACUGCUGCAGAGCCGCCAGAAAUUAAGAGCACAACGACCGUGCUAAAGCCGUAUUCUCCGCACAAAGUCUCGCCUCCUCCAACCAAGAAACGAAAAGUGUGGGUGACAAGCGGAUCGGAUGGUGAUGGCGACUCAAAUUUGGGCUCUGUGACCAAAGCUGAUGGUAGUGACUUGGAAACCGUUCCGUACUCGCCCACGGAUUCUCAAUACCAACCUCGAAAACGUAAAAGUAAACACCUCGAGGAGAUGGACACGAUGCUGAAUGACAGCGACGAGAUUGAAAAUACUGUCCCGCCGUUCAAGCCAGCGUCUACCUUGGAAAGCUGGUCAUCUUUUGAGGAUCAUUUUACGAAGUACAAGAAGAAGUACAAUCUCAAGUUUCGUGUACGCAGCUCGGUAAAGACGGCGCUUCACAACAGGAAUGCUUGA